UGCUAUCUGUUAGCGUGUUUACAAGUGCGUUGUUCAAUCAAAUUAUAUACUAGUCUUUCAAUACGAAUUAUUUUUAUUAUUAUUUAAAAUUAGACCAGUAUCAAGUUGUAUUUGACCUUGCAUUGUUAAUUAUCCACCUGCGUUUGGCAUUGCAUUGUUUAUUUAUGUAUCGGUAUAUCAAAUAGGCACUACGCGACGGUUUAAAAAUGACACGUGCCAUAGACCUGGUCUUGUUUGGGGCCACCGGGUACACCGGUCAACGCGUAGUCCCCAUCCUCCACAAAUUCGCCCAAUCAACAACGCCCCCACUGACUUGGGGCAUCGCCGGCCGUUCCGAGCAAAAACUACAAGCUUUACGACAACAAUGUGAACAAGAAAUCGGAACCUCACUGAGUAAUAUCCCGGUCAUCGUCGCCGACGUUCACAACGAACCGUCUCUAAUCGAAAUGGCAAAACAGGCCCGCAUCGUUUUAAAUUGUAGCGGGCCUUACAGAUUCUACGGGGAGCCAGUAGUGAAGGCGUGCAUCAACGAACAAACUCACUAUGUAGACGUAAGUGGAGAACCCCAAUUCAUGGAAGAAAUGCAGCUGAAAUACAGCGAAAAAGCCAGACAACAAGGGGUGUAUGUUAUCAGUGGUUGUGGCAUCGAUAGCGUCCCUUCAGAUUUAGGGGUAGUGUUUUUGCAACGAAAGUUCCAAGGUACUUUGAACUCCAUUAACGUGUAUAUGGAAACGUGGGACGAGAAAGCCGUGGAAGGUCCCGUUAUGAAUUACGCCACUUGGGAGAGCGCUGUUCAUGGGCUAGCACACGCCAAGGACUUGGGGGCGGUUCGGAAGAAACUAUUUUCUAAUAAGUUGCCCGUUUUUGAACCAAAACUGCAAUCCAUAACCCGGCCACAUAGAACUAACCUGGCGCAAGGCUGGGCGGUACCUUUUCCAGGCGCGGAUCGCUCGGUCGUCAAAAGGUCCCAGCGCUUUUUUUACGAACAAGCCAAAAAGCGCCCGAUCCAAAUCGAGGUCUACUUUAUCCUUAAAUCCUUCCUCACUAUACCCAAACUGGCUAUAUCGAGUUUGAUUGUUCAAACUUUGGCACAGCACCAGCGUGGACGGGAACUUUUACUAGAAUAUCCUAAGGAAUUUAGUGGUGGAGUCUUCAAUAAGACUUCUCCAAGUGAGGAGAAAAACCAGAAUUCGCGUUUUUCGGUCACUCUGUAUGGCGAGGGGUGGAAAGAGGGGGUUGCUGAUGCCGACCAUCAGUAUGACGUUCCUCCAAAUAAAGCUAUAUGUGGAAAAGUCAAAGCUAGCAAUCCGGCUUAUGGUGCCACGUGUGUGUGUGUGGCGCUGUCUGCUAUUACUGUGAUCACUGAGACUGAAAAAAUGCCUCCUAGUGGAGGUGUGUACUCUCCGGGGUACGCUUUCGCCAAUACCACCCUUAUUGAGCGGCUUCAUGAGAAUGAGGUUACGUUCGAAGUGGUGUUUGAAAAAGAUUUGCUCAGUUCUAAAUACUGAUAUAUUUUUUUUAUUCAGGGUUUUUAUAUACCGUUGUUAUUAAAUUUUUCUAUUUGUUGGUUUUUAAAGACACAAAAUAAAAAGUUUGUUACAAUAAA